CUCCCUCUCUUAACUCUCCCGCCGUCGAUGCUGGGCUAGCGUCUGCGAAAUCGAUUGAUUCUCUUCCAAUUAUUCUCUCUUCUAUUUGCAUUAUUGUUAAUUUCGUCGGGUAAAAUACAAAAAUGGCGACGGAGGAGGCGGCCCCAGCGGCUCUAAAUUACAUACCGGAAGUCGUGCUGAAGAAGAGGAAGACUAAUGAACAGUGGGCAGUCAGAAGAAAACUCCAGCAAGAGGAGAGGGCUAAGCGUCAAAAAAGCGGUAAUUUUAUCAUCAAGAAGCCCGAGCAAUUCAUCCGAGAAUAUCGUGAUAAGGAAUUGGACCUAGUUCAAAUGAAGAGUAGGGGGAAGCGAAUCAGAUCAGCAUCAGUAACACCGGAAUCCAAUCUUCUGUUUGUCAUUCGCAUACGAGGAAAAAAUGACAUGCAUCCAAAAACUCGGAAGAUUCUGUAUUCUUUGAAAUUAAGGAAAAUACGGACUGGAGUUUUUGUGAAGGCUAGUGCAGGAAUGAUGGAAAUGUUACAAAAGGUGGAGCCGUAUGUAACUUAUGGAUAUCCCAAUGUGAAGAGUGUCAAGGACUUGAUCUACAAGAAAGGUGUAGUAAGAGUUGGCAAGGAGAGGAUUCCUUUAACCGAUAACAACAUUGUGGAACAGGAAUUGGGUAAGCAUAGCAUCAUAUGCAUAGAAGACAUUGUGAAUGAGAUUGUUGCUGUUGGUCCCCAUUUCAAGUCAGUCACCAGUUUCCUCUGCCCCUUCGUGCUGAACAAUCCGGAAAAGGUGCUGCAAGGAAAGAAGAAAAGGUUCGAAGACGGAGGAGAUUCUGGAAAUAGGAAGGAUAAGAUAAAUGAGUUGAUCAGCAAGAUUAAUUAGCAUAUUAGAAAUGGUUGUUGGUCUUGAACUUGGAAGCUAUUUAGUUUUAAAUCUUUGUUUUUGAUCGGGAUUAAUUCUCAUGUUUUGGCAGCUAAUGUUUUUGUGCAAGUGAUAUAUUCGCGUUAUGUUUAAA